AUCUAUGGUAAGGUCGAACAUUUUUAACUUUUCUCAGCCCUGACGAAUGGUCACGUAUCAGAAACGUUCACUGUCUCUCCAUCUUCGCAGAUGCCGCCUAAACUUUUUUUUUAAGCAUUUUCUGUGCUUAGAGGUUGUGUACACACUGAAAAUGCAAAGUCCUGCUUAUUGUCGUCCAGCAAGAGAAGGCCAUUGAUUAAGACUCGGGCGGACCGGCUACAGGAAUGUGACCGAGAGAAGCUGGAGUAAGACAACUGAAACUUGGUUGCGUUGAAACCAAGUCCAAAGCUCAAACAAAAACAUAUUUGUUUAAAAUCCCCAAAUAGCGAAAUGGCCAGAUAAAUAAUCUCCACAUAUCUGAAAAGAUUCUUCAAAGUAAACUAUUUUUGACUGUUCUUGUGGGAUUAUUCUUCGUUAAAACAGAAAAAUAGAAUAAAUUUGAAAAUAGAAAAGGUGGUGAAAAUUAAAAUUGCAGACAAAAUGGAGCAGCCAAGUGUUCGUCUUUGGGUCAAAUAUGAAACCUUCAUUGUUGGGGUAUUGCAGAUCCCACCUCCUUCAAAAUUCAGUAUGCACUACCUUCGAAAAAUGGCAACAUAUGUUCGAACAAAGGGAGGAGAUGGUAGUUAUCCCAGACUUUCUUGGCCUAUGUGGAGGCACAUUGCUUGUGGAAAAUUGCAACUGGCUGAAUAUUUGGCUUGGCUGUAUUUUGAAACAUUUGACAGUCUUUUAGAGAGAAGUUCAGAGGAGAGGCUGGAGUGGGCUGAGGCAGUAUCUCAUUGCAGGUCGGAAGAGGAAAUUGACAAACUGAAAAAUAAGCUGUCAGUAGACACACUGCAGUUCCUGCUGUUUCUGUACGUACAGCAGCUGAACAAAGUUUCUCUUCGAACAUCCUUGAUUGGAGAGGAAUGGCCAAGUCCCAGGUGUCGAUCACCUGAUCUGGAUGGAAAAUCUAAUUCUCAGAACAGGAAUAUGGAUGACCACAACCAUCUGGCAUUUGUUCUGAACCACUUGUCAGAGUUGUUGGAGCUUCUCCUAGACCCUGAACAACUCACUGCUUCAUACCACACAACCCAUGACAGUAUGAUAUCUGUAGAAGCAGUUAAAGCAUUGAACUUCCUCAUUGAAGGAAGUGUUGGUCAGAAUGAAGUAAUUUAUCCUGUACACGAACUGGCUCUCUGGCAACCAAUUCUAGGCACAUCUGGCUACUCCAGACUUUCCAAGAUGUUCUGUUUCCAUAAACUACAGAGCUGGUUGAGAAGUGUGCUGGGACCAAAUCCAUUUGGUACUGCAGUCUGCUUUCGAAAAGGGAAGAAACUGGCAUGGGCGCAACAAGUUGAAGGUACGACAAAAAGGGCAAAGAUUGCAUGCAAUAUUUAUACAGCACCUAAAGGCCACAAGGUGGUGGUAAUGACACAAGUGUACAAGCAAACCCUGGCUAAGAGCUCAGAUCAUCUAGUUGGAGCUCACAUUAAAAUUCAUCGCUGCAAUGACUGCUAUAUAUAUCUCUUAUCUCCUUUAAGGUCUGUCAGUAUUGAGAAGUGCCGAAAUACAACCUUUGUUCUCGGUCCUGUUCAAACAACCAUCCACAUCCAUAGCUGCGAUGAUGUGAAAGUAAUAGCUAUCUGCCACAGACUUUCAGUCUCAUCAUCAUCUUCAUGUACUUUUCACUGUCUCACACCCACCAAUCCUCUAAUCAUGUCUGGAAACAUGAGCUUAACAUUUGCUCCGUACCAUACUUACUAUCCAUUGUUGGAGGAUCACAUGGCAAAGACAGGGAUAGCCACGAUCCCCAAUUACUGGAAUAAACCAUUGUGUAUUGGUGUGGACAACAAUGAAAUGCCUGUCUAUCAGCUGCUAUCCCCCAGAGAAUUUCAUCUGUUUGUGAUCCCGUUUGAAAUAGAGGGUGAUACGAUGGAAAUCCCUGGAGGACUACCACCACAAUAUGAAAAGGCUGUAAGACAGAGAGAGCAGAAGAUUCAGAAUUGGCAGAAGACUAUUAAGGAGGCUGGGCUUAGCAAGGAACAACGCAAACUGUUUCAAAACAUAGUGGAGCAGGAGUUCUGUGAAUGGCUUGAUCAAACUGGACAUCGUCAGCAACUGGACAGUCUCAUCCCAGCUCCUCCUUCCUCAAAACACACUAUGUGUUGAUGAUUAAGAAGUUGUUUGGGGAUUAUACUUAUCACUAUAAUUGAACCAAAUGUGAGCUCCUGUUAUUGCAUGUCUUUCCAAUGUACUUUUUUGUGAGUCUUUGUCAUUCAAUUGUGGUUAAACUACGCUUUUCACAAAGAUGUUUUACAAGAAAUUUAUGGCACACAUUUGAGACAUUAGUGCCAUUACUGUAUUCCAAAUAGCUUUACAUUAAACUUUGUAACUGGGUCAACUAGGAUAGUCUUAUAAUUAGAUUUUGUUCAAGAUACAUUUCACUUUUGUUCUUAGCACCAAUAUAAUGGCGAUUUAUACAGUCUUUUAAAAAAAAAUCAUUCAUGCAAAAUAGUUUUAUGACUGGCUGUAAUGAAAAUUCAUUUUCCAUACAAGGAGCUUGACCUCUCACUGUGGAUGUAGCUUUAAAGCCAGGGAGAUAGAGAAAUAUUCCCAUUUAUUAGAAAUGUGUGUGUCUCUCUUCUUCCCCUAUCUUCUAACAUCACCAACCCCCUUCCCCACCAAAACCAUCUCUUCCUCACUUCUGCUGGCAGUUUCAAAAGCUUUAACUGUGUUCCUAACACAAUUGGGAUCUUUAAUACAUCUCAAAAUUUAUUUCCUUAAUCUUCUCAACAUUCUCAAGGGCAACGAAGAAUGGGCAAUAAAUGUUGGCCUAGCCAGCAAUGCCCACAUCCCACAAGUGAAUUGUUUUAAAAAAAGAGUUUUUGUGGCCGAAUAAAAACUUUCAGUUCUGCCUUGUGUUUCUUUUUGUUUAAGUCCAAGUGAUUUAAGAUCCCAAAUGAUUUAUCACUCCAGCCUCUGUUACUACACGAAGUGAUUUAAGUUGCUGGUCCAACAGGGGAGCACCUUUGAAAUUAAGGAUUUUGAAAAUGAAAUUUGUUCAAUUAUCUUGAAUUAAACAUUACAUCCAUUUUGUCUAAGUCUUAAACUGUAACAGUUGAUUUGUUGCAGUAAUUUUACUACUUUUGGGAAUAUUUGUAUUAUCCAUGAUGAAUAACAUUCUGUAAAUACUCAUAUGGAAUAAUAUGAAAAAUAAUAUAUCCUUUAAUACUAAUUGGAUAAUAAAUUUAUCUUUUCAACCAAUUAACAACUAAAAUGUUGAAUCCCAAAUGCAUUGUGUUCCUCUGGUUUGUUGUGCAUUAAAUUAAACAUGGCUUUAGAUUAAUAAUAUUUUUGUUCAUUUUUUAAAAUUUCUAUUCUGGGAAAGGUGGAAUUUUUAAAAAAAUUGUGGAGUUAAUAUUUUGUAAUUUUGUUGUUUUGAUUUUAAGCUAUCUCCAUCUUCCUGAGAACGUAAAAUUUUCUCAUAUUUCUGCAAGUGGUAUUGGUCAGCUAAGUAAAGCCACAGUCCAAAGAGUUCUGUCUAUUAAAUAUUUCACUAGAGGGAAAUGUUUGCCUUCAGUUGGCAUCUCCCUGCAGAUAUAUAAAUCCAGAUAUCACUCCUGCCAUGCCAGGAAUAAGUCUGGUAAACCUUCAUUGUGCUGUCUCCAGAGCAGUGCAUCCUAUCUCAAAUAAAGGGAUCAAAACUGCACAGUAUACCCCAGAUGUACUCUCACCAAGGCCCUGUGCAAAUGCAACAAGGUAUUACUGCGACAACAAGGUGCAGGGCUGGAUGAACACAGCAGGCCAAGCAGCAUCAUAGGAGCAGAGAGGCUGACGUUUCGGGCCUAGACCCUUCAUCAGAAAAGGGGGAGGGGAAGGGGGUUUUGAAAUAAAUAGGGAGAGAGUGGGAGGCGGAUAGAGGAGUGCAGUGGGAGAGACUGUACUUGAAUCGUUUGCUGUGAAGGCCAGCACACCAUUUGCUGCCUUCACCACCUGCUGCGACUGCAUGCUUACUUUCAGCAACUGAUAUACAACGACACCCAGGUCUCAUUGCACCUCCCCACUUUCCCAAUCUAUCACUAUUCAGGUAGUAAUCUACAUUGCUGUUUUUGCUACCAAAGUGGAUAACUUCACACUUACUGUAAAUUAACUAUUGCAUAGGUUAUGAGUGUGCGCAUGCUGUCAUGUAGUGUACACAAAAUCCUGGGAGAUGUGUUCAGAUUCAGAAUUGCAAAAGGUGGAAUCAAUGCCAGUUACUCUGUAGAGAGGCUACAGAGCUUUUUUCUUUAUAUAUAGUUUCCUGGCAGACACCCAUGAAAUAUUGUUGCAGCAAUCAACACAUAUGGACUUUGGCCAACAGAAAUUUGUGACAGAGGAAAUUCACAAUGAGUUUUGGAGGCAGAGAAAUGUUGUGCAACAUAGUAACAGGCUGGAGUGAUAAAAUGGUGUAUAUCCAAUCAGACCAUCUUCAUUUGAAAUACAACUGCUUUCCUCUUCCACCCCAUCCCCAGUUCACUGCUUACAUUAAGGAAAAUCUAAAUUCUUCCAUCACGUCAAGCAAUACUUAUAUGUUAUAAUUUGUCCAUUGCCUAAAUUGGUUGUGUUAGGAAUAGGCAGAAGAAUGGAACAUUAGCAGAUACAUACAUUCUCCCAAAGGGGCAGAUGAAUAAAGGGCAUUAAAGAGGAAGGCAUACCUCGAAACAUUGAAAGAAUGAACUCGAGUUAACAUUUAAAGGAGUAUGCUCUUUGACCACCAAAUCAGGUAUUUUUCAUGUCUUAGGAACCUUUUGUUUCUUGGUGACCAUAUUUAAUGUUUAAUAAUAUCCCACUUAAAACACAUCAGUCACGAGAAUUUGGUUAAGGAAAGUUAAUUCAUAAGAAUCUUUUUAAAACAGACAGAUGUAACACAGUUACCUCAAGCCUUUGUCAACUGAGCACUGUCAGAAAUUUGCAAACUAAAUAAGGAUCUGUGAAAUAAAAAUAGGCAUGAAUCUAUUUUUGAUCAUUAGCUGCAACGUAAUGUAAGAACUAACCUGACAAAAGCUGUUAUUUAUUCCGCAUUGUGUUCUAUUUUUUCACCCUUUCUUG